GCAGAGAAUUUAUAGAAAACGUCACAACCGAGGCACGAGAGAGAGAGAGAGUAGUGAGAGGGGAGGGAGAGUGUGAGAGGAGGACAGAGAACGAGGGAGGGUAUAUUGAUACAAAACGACGGUGGUUUCUCUUCAGUGUGUGUGAGAGAGACCAUGAGUGGAGACAAGAUGGAGUGCUGGAACAGAUGAAGACUGUCAUUGGUUCUUUCCAGUGGUCCCGAUGAGCGUCUCCAAACCACCUCCACCCCAAUCCCAUUUCCCCCCCAGCAACCCUUCCUCCCAUCUCUCCCUGCCUCCAUCCUCCUCUUCCUCCCUCUCUCCCUCCUCCCCUCCCUCCGCUGCGGGUCCCCCCAGCCCCGCUGUGCCUCCCCCUCCCUCCCCGGUGAAGAUCUCCAUGCAGGAGCACUUUGCCAUCAAUGUGUGCCCCGGCCCCAUCCUCCCCAUCCCACAGAUCUCAGACUUCUUCCCUCGUUUCCACGACUUCCCCAUCACCCCCCUUCCUCCCCGGGAGAAGCAGAUUUUAAAGGACAAAGACAAGGACGGAGACGGGGACGGAGAGAAAGACCACAAGAGGGAGAGAGAGAAAGAGGAGAAUGGAGAGUUCGUCGACUCGGAUGACGAUGACACCUACCUGGGAACUCUGGAGUUCAACCUGCUAUUUGACCAAGACAAUAACUGCUUGCACUGCACCAUCCACAAGGCCAAGGGACUGAAGGCCAUGGACUCCAAUGGACUGGCUGAUCCAUAUGUGAAACUCCACCUACUGCCUGGAGCAAGCAAGGCAAACAAACUGCGCACUAAGACUUUAAAGAACACGCUGAAUCCAGUGUGGAACGAGACGCUCAUCUAUCACGGCAUUACGGCUGCUGACAUGACCACAAAAACCCUCAGGCUGUGUGUGUGUGAUAUGGAUCGUUUAGGACGGAAUGAGUUCAUAGGUGAAGUCAGGGUGGCGCUCAAGAAACUGAAGGAGGGAGAGAGCAAGAAAUACUAUAUGGGCCUUGAGAGAAUUGCACAGGCCCGGGAGGCUAACAGUCAGGCAGUGGAUCCUGGUUCUCUUGUUGCAGAAGAGGAGCGUGGCCGUAUCCUGGUCUCUCUGCUGUACUGCACAGAGAAGAGUUCUCUGGUUGUGGGAAUUAUUCGCUGUGCCCACCUGGCCGCCAUGGAUUCGAAUGGCUACUCAGACCCCUUUGUCAAAAUUAUUUUGCAGCCUGACAUGGGAAAAAAGUCAAAAUACAAAACCUCAGUGAAGAAGAAGACUCUAAACCCAGAGUUUAACGAGGAGUUUUCCUAUGAAGUCCCACAUGAUCAGCUCGCCAAGAAAACCCUGGAGAUCUCAGUCUGGGACUAUGACCUGGGCAUGAGCAAUGACUUCAUAGGUGGAGUUGAAUUGGGGAUCAACGCAAAAGGAGACAGACUGAAACAGUGGUUUGAGUGUCUAAAAUACAAAGGAAAGAAAGUGGAAUACUGGCACACACUGACACAACAAGGAGCCGCUAGCAGUGACUAACACAGACAAGGAGACAAUUCCCCGAUAAGUAAUACAAAAACAAUGAAGUAAUAAUGAUAAAUACAUGCAAUAAUGCUCUGUCUGAUGAUGAUGACAUUCAAUAUUAAUGCGUGAGAAAAAGCAAAAUAAUCUAUUGUACAGCUAAGUAUCACAUUCUUUUGUGAUGAGAAAGAAGCAAGUGUGAUCACAAACCUGGAUUGUGACGCACAAAGAAUCGACCCCUUUUUCUGGUCUAUACGUCACUUAUGUGAAAUCGUACUGUGUUGUGACUAUGCCACAGGGGCUCAUGCCAUAUUAUAGUGUUAUUGUUUAUUACAUGUAAAACGUGUAAUAGCAUCCUGGUGUUUGUUACAGUUGGUGGUGCCGUAAUUUUGCACACUGUCAAAGCACAACACAUCCAGCUGACUGUAAAUGUCUAUGUGUAUCUAUGUAUUUACCUUUUGUGAUUUGUUACGUAUGAAAGUUUACAGUCUCUUCCAGCCCGCCAAAAACAAGAUGCACAGGAAAAGCACAAGGGACCUUUAAUGCAAUGAAAGAAAAUCUCUGGAUUUAAACGAUCACUCAAGAACUGCCGCCGCAGAUCUAAACGACAGUCACCUCAACGAUCUGCACAACGCGAAUGUGUGUGCCUGUUGGUGCGUGUGUGUGUGUGUGUGUGUG